CUCUAGUGUGAUAAUCUCUCACGGGUUUAAGGCUCAGAAAUGGCACCCUUUGUCAGCAAUAACUAUGCUUUGGUGUUUUUAUCUGUUCUCUUUUCUCUGGCCAUGCACGUAGCUCAUGGAAAUAAUGAUGCACCAGCUUUAUUCAUAUUUGGAGACUCAACUUUCGAUGUUGGAACCAACAAUUUUCUGAGGUCCAAAGCAAGGGCCAACUUCCCCUACAACGGCAUUGAUUUUUAUCAUUCACGUCCCACAGGAAGGUUUAGCAAUGGCUUCAACACUGCAGACCAAAUUGCGAGGCUAUUCGGUCAUCAGAAGAGUCCACCACCUUUUUUGACUUCCCAGAAAAAUCGAAACAGUUCCAAGAAUAACAUUCUGCAGGGUUUUAAUUUCGCGUCAGGGGGAUCAGGAAUUCUUAGAGAAACAGGCUCCUUGGAAUGGGGAGAAGUGGUUUUCUUUGAAAGGCAGGUGGCACAAUUUGCAUUGGUUCGUGCAAGAAUCAACGGGAUACUGGGAGCCAAAGCUGAUACGUUUAUUUCAAAAUCUUUGUUUCUAAUCAGCGUCGGAAGCAACGACCUCUUCGAUUUUGCACGUAACGAAAGUGGCUCCAUUCGUUUGGGAGCAGAACAAUAUUUAGCUCUUACACAACUCACAUACUACUCUCAUUUAAAGAAGCUUUAUGAGUUGGGAGCUAGAAAAUUUGGCAUCAUAAGCGUUGCACCCAUAGGUUGCUGUCCCGCUAUAACGUCUGGCAAUGGAGGAAACUGUGUGAAAGCACUGAAUGAUUUUGCAGUUGCGUUCCAUUCAGCAACUCAAGUUCUUCUCCGAAAGUUGAGUUCAGAAUUGGAAGGCUUCCACUACUCACUUGCUAACUCUUUUCUAAUGACCAAUACCUUGUUAAGCAGUCCAUCCUCCUUCGGGUUGAAUGAAACGAAGUCAGCGUGUUGCGGAAGAGGGUAUCUGAAUGGAAAAGAUGGAUGCAUAAAAGCUCACAACGCUAAUCUUUGUGCAAAUCGAGAAGAGUUUUUGUUUUGGGAUUGGUUUCAUCCUACUGAGAAAGUUUCUAAAUUGGCUGCUGAGACGGUAUUCGGAGGAGGCAUCGACUUUGUUAGUCCAAUCAAUUUUAGCCAGUUAGCUUCUUCCUAUUGAUCACGUCUGAGUCA